AAUUUUUAUUUAAUCAUUCAAAACUUAUGAUAUAUAUAUAUCUAAUGCCAUUUUUAGAGAAUCUAUAUAUAUGUGUGUGACCCUGGACCACAAAACCAUACAUAAGGGUAAAUUUUUUGAAACUGAGAUUUAUACAUAAUCUGAAAGCUGAAUAAAUAAGCUUUCCGUUAAUGUAUGGUUUGUUAUGAUAGGACAAAAUUUGGAUACAACUAUUUGAAAAUCUGGAAUCUGAGGGUGCAAAAAAAUCAAAAUAUUGAGAAAAUCGCCUUUAAAGUUGUCCAAAUGAAGUCCUUAGCAAUGCAUAUCCACUCACAAAAAUACAUUUUUGAUAUAUUUACAGUAGGAAAUUUACAAAAUAUCUUCAUGGAACAUGAUCUUUACUUAAUAUCCUAAUGAUUUUUAUUUCAUAAUGUGAAAAAAAAAAAAAAAAAAAAAACAGUUUAUAGACAUGUUUUAUGCCAACUGCUCCUAUAAUUUCCUACAGUAUUUGUGGAGUUUCAGUCUUGUAGAAUAUACAUUCAUUGAUUUGGAAGAUACUUUCAUCCAUACUCAAAUGUCUGGUAAAUAGCCUAAUAAGUUAAAUAACAAUAAAAAACAACUAUAUUUAUGAUCUCUUUUUUUAACGAUAUAAGUGAAAACUUCCCCAUGUGACAGCAGCCAGUCUCCCCUAUAAAAGCUCAGUGAUGCUUCUCGAGCUCAUUCAGGUGCGGUGAGUCAGAGGAGAGAGGAGCAGCACAGAUUCACGCAGCAGCAUCUGAAUCUGGGAAUAAAGAGUUUACACACAUUAGGAUCGCAUGCUGCACCUGUAGAAUGAAUUUUAGGGAAACAUUUGUGUAGCGCAUGGAAUGUUAUAGAAAUCGUAUGGGUGCGUAAAACCGUGCCAUGCAGGGGAACAGCAGCGUGUUGGCACCGGGUUUAGCGUCGUGCGGUCCGGCACUGGACGAGGGCGAUGCGCUGUCGAACCGGACUGUCCAGAACCUGUCGCUCCGCUGCUGGCUGCAGCUGCUCUCCAGAGAGUCCGCGCCGGAGCUCUACGGAGACAGCUCGAGCAUGGCCAUGCGCGUUGUGAUUGCGCUCGUCUACCUGAUCGUGUGCGCGCUGGGGCUCGUCGGGAACUUGUUGGCACUUUACCUUCUCCAGUCGCGCCACAGACUCAAGCAGUCGUCCAUCAACUGCUUCGUCAUGAGUUUGGCUGUGACAGACCUGCAGUUCGUCCUGACCCUUCCGUUCUGGGCCGUGGACACCGCGUUGGACUUCAGAUGGCCGUUUGGAAAGGUGAUGUGCAAGAUCAUCAGCUCGGUGACCACCAUGAACAUGUACGCAAGCGUGUUCUUCCUGACGGCCAUGAGCGUGGCGCGCUACUGCUCUCUGUCCUCUUCCCUACGGAUGCAAAGUCCCAAAACGGCCUCGGCCGAGGUCAAGUGGGCCAGCUUGGGGAUCUGGCUCGUGUCCGUGGUGGCCACCAUCCCUCACGCGGUGUACUCGACAACGGCGCAGGUGUCCGACGACGAGCUGUGCCUCGUCCGCUUCCCGGACUCCGGCAGCUGGGACCCGCAGCUGCUGCUCGGUCUCUAUCAGACCCAGAAGGUCCUUUUGGGCUUCGUGAUUCCGCUGGUCAUCAUCUGCGUUUGUUACCUCCUCCUGCUUCGCUUCGUUCUGCGGCGGCGCGUCAGCGGCAUUCCCGGCUCGGACAGCGAGAGAGGGCGGCACAAGCGCCGCUCCAAAGUCACCAGAUCCGUCACCAUCGUGGUUCUGUCGUUCUUUCUGUGCUGGCUGCCCAACCAGGCGCUGACCCUUUGGGGAGUGCUCAUCAAAUUCGACCUGGUGCCGUUCAGUAACGCGUUUUACAACACGCAGGCCUACGCGUUCCCCAUCACCGUGUGCUUGGCGCACACCAAUAGCUGUCUGAACCCGGUGCUGUACUGUCUGAUCCGACAGGAGUACCGCACCGGCCUCAAGAAACUGCUGUUUAGAGCCACUCCGUCCAUCCGGAGCCUGGCCAAACUGGUCUACAGGAGGAAGAAGGUGGCGGAGGCUCCGUCUGGAGUUGCCGUGGUGCAGAUGGAGAUCGGGAUGUGACGUUAGGGAAAAAGCCACUGAAACUUGUUUGAACUUUUAAAUGCAUCAUUAUCGCAUACCUCUACAACAUGGAUUUAUCAGACAUUGCUGAUUUGAAAUAUCAUAUAAUACAUCUACAUUACCAGCGAUUCAUUUGGACACACUUUUUUUAUGUUUUUCCCAUUCAAGUUUAAGGAAAUAUUCGUAAAAAGCUUAUGGGAGAAACAAAAAUAUGGGUUACACUUUAUUUUAAGGUGACGUAGUUACAUUGUACUUACUCAAAUAAGUACUGUAAAUACUUAAAUAAGUUAUGGGUAAGGUAUGGUUUUGGGUUAGUUGUAAUUAUGCAUAAUUUACUUUUAUUAUAUAGUAAGCACAUGUAGUACUGUGUAACUACAUCACCUUAAAAUAAAGUGUUACCAAAAUAUCUAUCUAUCUAUCUAUCUAUAUUUUUAUUUAUUUUCAUUUAAUGAGUGAAUUGAAGCAGAUAGUGAUGUAAAAACUUUAACAAGUGUCCAGCAUAUGGGAAUGCACAAAUGAUAUUUGUUAUAGUUUCCGUUCACAACUAUAGAAGUUUAUCCAGCUAUGAAGAUUUGUGCUUCUGAGAAUCCUGGAAAUAGUUAUAAUAAUAAUAAUAGUUAUAUAAGAAAUGAGAAGGUGUAUUCAACCUCCUGACUGGUAAUGUGAUAUAUGAAACCAUGAUAGUUGAUUCAUGGAAACAUUUUGAUUUCCGGCCGUCUCAAACAGCCAAUGUCUCCAUAAAAUAUGCAGUGUUUCCAAAAGCUGAGUUUCAGGACAUUCACUGAAACCGAGUUUAUUCUUUCCUGCUGGGGAAAAAAGGGCCGUAAAAUAUUGACUGAACUUUUCGGACCUUUAGAGGAGAAAGCCAUGAGGAACUGUUUCUAAACUGACCUUAAGCACUUUGAAUAGUUCAGUCCAUUUGCAGUGUGAACACAAUCUGCACAUCAUCAACAACACUGUCUUUCUGAUGGAGUUUCAAAGUUUUUUUUGAGGAAAAACAAAUGUUUAAAUAUAUUUCCACUUCUGAUACAUCUUCUGAUAGCAUGAGUCAAUUGCAAUAGUUCACUUUGCUGGAUUGUACAUGGCUCUGUGUAAAUAAAAACGUUUCAAGCAAA